UAAGCAAGUUAAGAAAACAGAGUUUCAACCAACAUGGAAACAUUUAACAAAAUCACAGUAAGAAAAAACGACACAUUUUAACAGUCGUCUCGAUUUCAAUUUUAUCUAAACUGGUUUGUUUGAAAAGCGUUCUUCUUCUAAGUUUCCAAUCCAACCACUGAGAGAGAGACAUCCCCUCCGACAUUUUCUCUAUUCUUCAAGCAAACUCUUCCUCUUCAUCUUUCUCUUCAGAUCUCUCUCUUUCUAGGGUUUCUCUUUCUCUGCUAUUUAUGAUCACUCUUUAACACGCUUCUUUCACCAAUUCUCCUGCUUCAAUUUCUUCAUCUUUGAUUGGAGCAGUUUGGUUGGAUCGAAGAUGGUUGUUUCCGGGCCAAUUACGCCGGGGCAGGUGUCUUUCUUGCUGGGAGUUAUUCCAGUUUUUGUUACUUGGAUAUAUUCAGAAUAUUUAGAGUACAAGAAAACCCUGUCUCCUACUAAAUUUCAUUCAGAUACUAAUCUUGAUGAGUUGGGGAAGGAUGCAAUUAAGGAAGAUGAUCGUGCCAUUUUGCUGGAAGCAGGGCUUACAAGAUCAGCAUCAGCAAAAUUACAUGCAUCAUCUGUCAAAAUGAAUUUGAUUCGGUUCUUGACCAUGGAUGAUUCUUUCUUGCUAGAAAAUCGGGCAACUUUGAGGGCAAUGGCUGAGUUUGGGCUGAUUCUGUUUUAUUUCUACAUAUGUGAUCGAACCGACUUCCUUGGAGCUUCUACAAAGAACUAUAAUCGGGAUCUUUUCAUUUUCCUCUUCAUGCUUCUGCUUAUAGUUUCAGCAAUGACUUCUUUGAAAAGACAUAAUGACACAUCAUCAUUUUCUGUACGAAGCAUGCUUUACCUUAAUCGGCAUCAAACAGAAGAAUGGAAAGGAUGGAUGCAGGUCCUUUUUCUAAUGUAUCAUUAUUUUGCUGCAACGGAGAUAUACAAUUCAAUACGUGUUUUCAUUGCUGCGUAUGUUUGGAUGACUGGGUUUGGCAACUUCUCCUAUUAUUAUAUCAGAAAAGAUUUUAGCCUUCCACGCUUUGCUCAGAUGAUGUGGCGGCUUAACUUUUUUGUGGCAUUCUGUUGUAUCGUGCUUAACAACGACUAUAUGCUCUAUUAUAUAUGUCCAAUGCACACGCUUUUCACUUUGAUGGUGUAUGGAGCAUUGGGUAUAUAUAACAAGUACAAUGAAGUUAGAUCAGUGAUGGCCGCAAAGUUUGUGGCAUGCUUUCUUGUCGUGAUUUUGAUUUGGGAAAUCCCAGGAUUCUUUGAAAUAUUUUGGAGCCCAUUUGCAUUCUUUUUGGGUUAUACUGAUCCUGCAAAGCCUGAUGCACCCCGAAUGCAUGAGUGGCAUUUCAGAUCUGGGCUUGAUCGCUACAUCUGGAUAGUUGGAAUGAUUUAUGCCUACUUCCAUCCAAAUGUUGAGAAAUGGAUGGAAAAAUUGGAAGAGUGUGAAAUCAAGAGAAAAGUAACAAUCAAAACCAUCAUUGUGUCAGUUUCUUUAUUUGUUGGGUACUUGUGGUAUGAAUACAUAUACAAGCUGGACAAAGUUUCAUAUAACAAACUUCACCCAUACACCUCGUGGAUUCCAAUCACCGUUUACAUUUGCUUGAGGAAUUUCACUCAGCACAUACGGAAUUUCUCCUUGACCCUCUUUGCGUGGCUUGGCAAAAUUACUUUGGAGACUUACAUUUCACAGUUUCACAUUUGGUUGAGAUCAAAUAUGCCAAAUGGACAGCCCAAGUGGCUUCUUUCUUUUAUCCCACAGUAUCCCAUGCUCAACUUCAUGCUUACUACUGCUUUAUACGUCUUGGUAUCUCAUCGACUUUUUGAAUUAACGAAUACCCUCAAGACAGUGUUCGUACCCACAAAAGACAAUCGAAAGCUUUUGCAUAAUUUUAUUACUGGGGUCGUCAUUUCGGUUUCUUUAUACUGCAUCGCUCUUAUUCUAAUUCAGAUUCCUCAUUCAACGGUUUGAAAAUGAACACCAGAGAGAGUUUACAUAGACAGUUCAAUUUGAAUUGAAUGCGCGGAAAGGAAACUUGGUGGAUUAAAAUAAGAAUACAUAGAAAUGUGGGAUCUCAUUUUUAGGGAGCAUCGUUCCUGUAAUUGUUGGAAGUAGUAUCCCCAUUCACUGCAUCAGAUAUAGAUAUUGGCGUUGGUUUGUUUUGGAGGUUGGGAUAUGAAGGGGGUUAACCCCAAAAGAAUUUAGACCUAUUUUCUGUAGCUUCAUUUGUGCGCACACGUAUAAGGAGGAAAGAGUAGGGUCGUGUUACUAAUUUGUUGUCUUGGCUAGAAAGAAAUUCAAGAUUCAUUAUUGCCUGUUCAGUGUUCAAUUUCUGUUAUAUUUUUUUGACUUGUUACAUAUGUGAAGGAAGGAUAAAGAAAUAUAUGUAUAUUCAUUUUGACAAUCUUAGCGGAAACGAGUUGUCAUGCCCUUGUAACAAUAGUCUUGUUUUUUGUUUUUGCAAUACAAAUGUUUUGUUUUUGAUGUCCUUAA